AUGUUGGCUAAUUAUAUACGACUUAUAGUUGUAUAUGAAUUGUUUACUCUCACUACAGCUUCUUAUGAGGAUUUAUGCAAAUUUGCAAGCAAUAUAACAGAUGUUGAAGAAUUAGCGCAUCAUAAAUAUCAGGUGCUAGAGGAUUGUUUAUAUUAUAAACUUAGUCAGGAUGCAAAUACAAUGCAAGGUAAAUCAAAUGCAAUCAGUAUUUUACCACCAACAAUAGCUGCUGGUGAAACGUUAGAUGCUGAAAUUCUUGAAAUUGCACUUAAACAAUUAUGGAUGAAUGAAAUAUGGCAUGUGAUGAAUAUAAAUGGACAUUUUUUAAUUUCCUGGAAGGAUCGAAGGAUGAAGUGGGAUUUAAACGAAUGGAAAACCGAUACGCUGAAUAUACGUUCAUAUGGUAGACUAUGGGUACCAGAUAUUAAUAGCGAUAGAUUUCAAACAUCAUCGCAAAGCAGUGAUUAUGCACAAUUCUAUAAUAUUGUCGCAAAAAAUAACGGUAAUGUUACGGGACGAUUGGAAUUUAAGAUGCAAGCUCAUUGUGAUAUUGAUUAUACCAAGUUUCCAGAUGAUGACAAGAAUUGCUGUUUUCGAAUGAAAUCAAUUCUUUAUCCUCAUUAUAUCAGAUACUAUCUUGCACAGGGUGAAGAUGGAUUGGAUCUUACAAAACUAAGGACUAAUUGGCAUGUACGAGAUGCAACGAUUAAAAUUUUGCCGGAUGAAGACGAUCGCAAAACACAAAUAUUGCAAAUUUGUUUGCAACUACGACGUCGAUCGUCAACGUUACGUAUCGAACUUACGCUUCCGAUGGUCGUUUCUUCGUUAUUUGUUGUAAUCGCACCAUUUUUCGGUUCUUUUCGUGAUCAGAUCAACGUGAAAUUAUUUGCAAUAUUCAUUCAACUGGUUAGUUUCACAUUUUUGGCCAUAAAAUCCCCUCAAGUUGGAUUUGGUGAAACUGUUCCACACAUAUAUACAUUUUACGUGUUCACACUGUCUACAACAGUAAUCAGUUUACUUCUAACGCUUAUAAUCAGCGCGAUGUCACGAAUUCGACGGAAAUUACCACCAGCACAUCGAUAUACAUUGCUAGCUUCUGCAUUGAAUACCAGCUUAUGUUGUGGAAGUGAACCAAGUGCUGAAAUUGAUGGAACUUCAGCAAAAGAUUAUCACCAAGAUUGGCUGCAAAUUCACAUUGCUAUUAAUAAUGUUGUCUCACUCGUCAUUCUUGUUGCUUAUAUCAUUGGUAUCAUCGUUAUUCUAUGUAUGUAA